CCGUCCGUCCUUUCCGCAACAAUCCAGUCAACCACUCUCACUCCUUACUUCCUCACUUCCUUCUUCCUUCCGCCUUCCGCACCAGCCACCAAUGUCUAUCCACGGGAACCUCUCCAAACGCCCUCCUCUCGACGGCACAGUACACAUUGACACCCAGGAAUCAUCCGCCCAGCCAUCUAAUAAUAACGACGUUGCAGGGGUUCUGAGGAGAAAUCAAGCUUGUCUGCAGUGUAGGAGAAGGAAACUGAAAUGCGACGCCGCUCGACCACAUUGCGCCACGUGCGUCCGAUCAUAUAGGCAUCUUCUUCGAACAUCACCCAAGAGUAAUCCUGUGCUAUGUUGUGACUAUGAUGAUGGGGCAUCCAAUCAAGUGGAGGAAGGCGAUAGCCAGAACAAAUCAAGUGCCGGACCAUUAGGGGCUCCCGCCAAUGAAGAAGAGGAGACUUCAGGCGUAGCCAACGGGUCGAAGAAGAAGAGGAAAGCAACGGGAGAAGGUAGGCGGAAAAAGAAAGAAGAAGAAUUUGAUGAGGAAAGAGAUAGGUUGACAAAACAAAUCCAGGAGUUACAGGCACGGUUGGCCGAUAAACCUCGUACCCCUGCUCCAGCAUUCAGUAGUUCGUUGUUUCAAAACGCCACUGCUCCAUCCCCCAAUACGUUCAUCAACCUUUUCACAUCUAACCCUUCCCAACCGGCAUCCAACUCUCGAGCAGAUCCUAUGUGGGGGAAUUCCGAUCCAUUAGAACAAAUACAGUCACAACAUACUCAUCUCGUCAACCUUGGCUCAUCAUCCACCAACGUCUCCCAUUGCAAUGGACCCUCCCCUGCCAAUCAGGGAUCAGACACUUCUCGUCGAUCAAGUAGUUUGCAUAACAAUACAUCAACUCCAAACUUGACCUCUGGCGAGUCUUCCUCAGGCGCCAAUAUCCUUUCUCCUGGAGAAAUAUUCAACUUUUCACCAGCAGACAUAUCAAAUGAUGCUUGGAACGGUGCCGUCCCUGACAUUAAUGAUCAAAACAAGUCUCAGAAUUGGCAAUCAUUCAAUCCAAACGACCUUUCGAGUACUGUAGAUCCCUUAAAGGGCCAAGCUCAAUGGCGAGGCCUUGAAUCUGUCUCUGCGACAUUCGCAACGACCAUGAAUGGCAAUGUUGGUGCAGAUUUGCAGAUGGAAACCGAAAUCAGCAUGGAUGGGUUAGAAGCUGGUCUUGAUGCAGCGAUGCAGCAACAAAUAUUGAUGGAUCUUUUCUGGCCCGGAUGGCCUGCAAAGCUGCCCGAACCGAAUGUUGUGAAUGACCUCAUCGAAUCCUUCUUUGACCAAGUACCAAAUCUCCCUCGUAUUCUCCAUCGCCCUCGCUUCCUCGCACGCAUCGCUCUUCCUCCUACUCAUUCCAAUUUCCCUCACCCUUCUCUGAUUCACGCCAUAUGCGCCGCGGCAGCUGCCCGGUGUCCUGAAGAAGUGUACUCCAAGUCUACAAGAGACAAGCAAUGGGCCAAGUUUGAAUUUUCUACGUCUGGGCAUAGUUCUGAUUCUGAGAGUGCUAGAGAUGGCUUUGGGCUAAGACAGACAAUGUUUGCGAAAGAGGCAGUCCAAGAUGGGCUGAACACUGGUAACCGCUUAUUUGAUGUUGUCAGGGCAAUGAUCAUCUUAUGUCGAGUUUUCAUUGAUGACACACGGAUGCUCGAGUGUUGGGCUUAUGCCGGUUUGGUGGCUCGAAUGAUACUUCCUCUGGGUCUGAACGUCCGCAGCGCAGAAUUGUCUCUCAAGAGCGUCAUGCUCCCACCACCGCUUGAUGCGUUGGAAAGAGAAGAGAGAAGAGCAACGGUCUGGAUGGCGUUUUAUCACGAUACUGUGGCGAGCGCAGCCAGUGGAUGGGGAACAAGUAUGAGUCUGGAUGAGUUAACCGUGGCCUUACCAGUUUCGGCCAAGGAAUUUGAGGACGGUUCUGAGUUUAUGGAACCCAAUCCGCAAGAUGUAGAAUCACCUGAUCUCUUUCUCAAACACCCUGUCGUGGAUCCCUUUGUAAUGGUCACCAAGGCCACCAUUCUCAUGAACCGCACGAACCGAUUCGUGCGAAAAUGGAAGAACCGACAUCUGAGACCGAAUGAUGAUAUGGAUGGGAUGGACAAGCCAGAAUUCAGGGAAUUGGCUAAUUCCAUUGCCUGUUUCCAGAUGUCUUUCCCUUCUGCUCUCCGCAAUGCUUGCAAGUUCAACUCACGUCGCCGACUCGAUGCCGACCUUGUUGCUGCUCAUCUCCUUCCUCAUGCAGCUACUAUCUGUCUUUACGAACCUUUUGCAGACCUUGAUAACCCGUCCGACCAGCCUACCAGACAUUUAGUAAGUGCCACACAAGGCAUCGUCAGUAUCGUACAACAGUUGGCCAGUGCCGUUGGUGGGGAAGCAGAAAAGUUUUCAAGCGUCAUGCAUUCCUCGGCUAGCGUAUGCUUCGUCACGGCUGCACGAACAUCACUUUUGCUUAUGCGACAUGCCCUGAAUAACGGAGACGAAGUGUCUGCAUCGUCCCAUCGCACUGAUUGUGACACGGUUCGCCUUGCUUUAUCCUACUUUGGGAUCAGAUUCAAGAUUGGUCAGCACCAUGCGCAAUUGAUCGAAUACUUUUUGGACAGGGCAGUAAACCCAACGUUUGAAAAGCUGAUGGCCCACUAUCCCGAUCAUCCAAGACCAGGAGCGCCGCCUUUGACGCGCGAUGCUGACUUUGGAUUGUGUGUCGAAAACGCACUGAAUGUCAAACGAGGCUACUGGCGAAUCAAAACUCGUCCAUCCUUCAGUGGCACAGCCUUUGAUGAGUCUUCAGCAAACUAUAACCACUCUCAUUCUUUUGCCGGUUUCUCCCAGGCGCAAACGUACAUCAACAACAACUUCAAUCCUCCUUCUGGACCUGGAGGUUCAGGGAUAAGUCCUAUCGGGUCAGGGAACACGCCGGAAAGCCAAGGAAAUGAGGGGUCUGGUACGGGUUCAGGGGUUGGUGGGGCGUCUCUAAAGGAUAUCUCGAUGGAUUCCUCGCCUGCUUCCGGGCUGAAUACCGGAUCUAGUGCUUCAGCUCCUCCCGGUGAAGGCCAAGGUGCUGCCGAUCUAUGGCAGGACCAAUUUUACGCUCUUAACGACCAACACGCUGCUGAUCCUUUCCGAGCUCAGCAAUCAUCAUCGACCCAAAAGGUUGAGUAUAUGAGCGGCGUUUCUGUCCACUGCCCUACAGAUUUGACAAAACAGCCUGCGCCGGUGCCGACAUUGAUGCCAGAGUCUGAAGCUUCACCUACGCGUAUGGGGUCUUUCAUAACCACGACUAAUAAUGUAAUCAAUAUUACGGGGCCGGGGUCAGGGAUGAACAAGGGAGACGAUGGGCUGCGAUGGGUGAAGGAUCAUAUGAACAAGUAUCCCUGGUCGGAGAAUGAAAGGAAAUAGAAGGCUCGGCAUAAUGUUUUUGAGGGGAAAUGUCAUCAAUUAUUUUGGUUUUCGUAGUUUUGACUUUUGGUUUUAGUGAUCUUUUGGCAGCAGUGCUUCCAAGUAUGUGAUUAUAUUGUGACUCAUUUGUACACCUCGUCGCUUCUUUGAUCUCGUUUAUCUCUUCUGAUUGAUUUUUUUUUCGCUUUUAUCGAGCCAUUAACAUGUAUUGCUUCCUC